AUGACUGAUCUAACGUUCUGUGGAAAAGUGAUUGCAUUGUUGAUUUCGUACCACUGCUUGAUAGUCUUCGUCCGUGCAGUAGAUCCACCGACAUGUGAUUCAUCGUACGGAUGCGUUUCUUCCAUCCGCCAGGAAGAUUGCGCCAAGGGAGAGAUACUGAUCUCUGGCGGUUCGCUGAAUGGUUGCUGCCCUGGUUGUCGUGGUGGCCGGACGUACCUAGCCGUGUGCAAUAUGAACAUUCCGGAUCGCCGCUGUGCACCCGGCCUAAAGUGCGCUGGGCGCAAGUGCAUCUUUGAUCGUUCCACCUGUCUGCAUACGAUGCAUCUAGAUCGAGAUUUAGUCGGUUGGAUCCCAAAGUGCAAUCUGGACGGUACGUACGCGGUUAAGCAAUGCCGGGGAGAUCGACUAUCAGGACGUUGCUUCUGCUACAGUGAGGACGGGAAGCGUAUCUUUGGAUGGGAUUGGUACCGGAACACCGAGCGUAUGACUUGCGCCUGCAGUAGACGGCGUGACAAGCUGGAGAAAGAGGGUCGUUUCGAUGUUACACUACACUGCACACAGAAUGGCAACUACGAGGAGCUCCAAUGUGAUUCCGGGCUAUGCUGGUGUGCGGAUGAGUUCACUGGAAAUGUCCAGCUCGGCACGACCGUAGUGCAUGAGAGUUUGUGGCAGUUGCUGCCUUGCUAUAACAGUACCCUGCACGGAGAGUCGUACCUGCGCCAGUGCGAAAGUGCUGCCCAGGCGCAGAAAAUGAUCCUCAAGAAGUUCUACACGCGCGGUACCGUUGGUGUUACCUUCAAUGAGAUUCCGUGCGACUACGACGGUGCUUACGGUCGGUACAAGGUUGAAAAUGGAGUUGUCUACUGCACUUGGCGUGACGGAAAGAAGAUUGGAUCGUUUCAGAUACGCUCCAGUAUGCUGUCGUCGGUGAACUGCUAUUGUGCACGCGAUACGAUCAUCUACCGGGAGGCGGGUAUACCGUUUACGCUGGCCUGCGGUGGCAACGGGAACUACGAGUACUCUCAGGAUCAAAAUGGCCAACUGUUUUGCGUAGACAGCGAUGGGUUCGUGGUAACGACGGAGGUCGCACCGAAUGAAUCAUGCGAUAAAUUCAUCUACAACUCCGCUUUCUACGACGAGGACUGA